AUGACAGGUGAAGUGGCUGGGACUCUGAAAUGCAAACUGGGAAUCACUGAGGAACAGAUCAAGAGUGUGAAGCAGAUCAUGGAGGAGGCCGUGACCAGGAAGUUUGUACACGAAGACAGCAGUCACAUCAUCUCUUUCUGUGCUGCGGUGGAGGCCUGCGUGCUGUACGGGCUGCGGCGCAGAGCAGCCGGCUUCCUGCGCAGCAACAAGAUCGCGGCCUUGUUCAUGAAGGUGUCCAAGAGCUUCCCCCCGGCAGAGGAGCUGUGCAGGAGGGUACAGGAGCUGGAGCAGCUGCUCGACAGCAGGAAGCACCAGGGUUCGGGACUCCCGGACCCCCUCCGCAGGCCACAGAAAGCCCCCAGCCUGUCACCCCAGGCCCUCAAACACCUGUGGAUUCGCACCGCGCUCUUCGAGAAACUUCUGGAUAAAAUCGUGCAGCACCUGGUGGAGAACAGCAGUAAAUACUAUGAGAAGGAGGCGCUGCUGAUGGACGCUGUGGACGGAGCCAUCCUGGGCUCCCUGUUGGUCGGGCCGUGUGCCCUGGAGUACACCAAGAUGAAGACGGCCGAUCACUUCUGGACGGACCCCUCGGCUGACGAACUGGUUCAGCGACAUCGCAUCCAUAGCACCCACUGCCGUCAGGAUUCGCCCACCAAGCGGCCCGCCCUGUGCAUCCAGAAGCGACACUCGAGCGGCAGUAUGGAGGACAGGUCCUCGCUCUCCGCUCGUGACUACGUGGAGUCUUUCCACCAGAACUCCCGGGCCACGCUGCUGUACGGCAAGAACAACGUCCUGGUGCAACCGAAGGAUGACAUGGAGCCCAUCCCAGGGUAUCUCUCUCUCCACCAGACUGCAGACACCAUGACCUUGAAGUGGACGCCCAACCAGCUGAUGAACGGCUCAGUGGGGGACCUGGAUUUCGAGAAAAGUAUAUAUUGGGAUUACGCCAUGACCAUCCGUCUGGAAGAGAUUGUGUACCUGCACUGCCAUCAGCAGGUGGACAGUGGUGGCACAGUGGUCCUGGUGAGUCAAGAUGGAAUCCAGAGGCCCCCGCUCCGUUUCCCGAAGGGAGGACAUCUCCUGGCGUUCCUGAGCUGCCUGGAGAACGGGCUCUUACCUCGGGGGCAGCUUGAUCCUCCGCUGUGGUCACAGAGAGGCAAGGGAAAAGUCUUCCCGAAACUCCGGAAGAGGAGUCCUCCCGGCUCCGCGGAAUCCAACUCCGACAAGGAGGAGGAAGAGGCAACGGAUUACGUCUUCAGGAUAAUCUUCCCGGGAAGCAACUCGGAGUUUGUUACCCAGGAGCUGAUGGACGCCCAGGGGGGUGGGAUUCCCCUCAUGUGGCAAUCUAGCAGCUCCAAGUCCUCCUGUUCCUCGUGCUCGCAGGGCGGGGCGGCUGACGGAGGCCAUUCUGAUGGCUGCAAUCAUGAGAGGGCACCUCUGAAGAUGCUUUGUGACAACAUGAAGUACCAGAUUCUGUCCAGGGCUUUCUAUGGAUGGCUGGCCUACUGCAGACACCUAUCCACUGUCAGGACUCACCUGUCUGCCCUCGUCAACCACACCAUCAUCAGCCCGGCUGCCCCGUCCAACGCUGACUGUGGGCUGACCAGGGAGAUCUGGCAAACAUUCCUACAGGACAAAACUAGCUAUGAGGAGCAGGAGUUGCUGCGGCUGAUUUACUACGGGGGAAUCCAGAACGAGAUCCGCAAGGAAGUCUGGCCAUUCCUGCUGGGACACUAUCAGUUUGGAAUGACGUUGGUGGAGAGGCAAGAGCUGGACGAGCAGACACGGAGCAGCUAUGAGCAGACCAUAGGCGAGUGGAUGGCUUGCGAGGCCAUUGUCCGCCAGAGGGAGAAAGAGACUCAUGCAGCUGCUUUGGCCAAAUGCUCCUCGGGGGUCAGUUUGGACUCUCAGAUGCAGCGAAUGAUGCACAGAGACUCGUCAGUCAGCAAUGAGUCUUCCCAAAGCUGCAGUUCGGACAGACAGAACCACGUGAGAUUACAGAGCGAUUCCAGCUCCAGCACACAGGUCUUUGAGUCCGUGGAGGAGCCCGACGGGGAGAUGAUGGAGAAGGAAAUGAGGCCUGACGAUGAGAAGCAGCCCUCCAUCAUUCCCAACGGUGCGGUUCCCAAUGGCAGUAGUUCCCCUGACUCCGGACAUCCAUCUUCUCGGAAUUUCUCGGUCACCUCCGGCUACUCGGAGCACAGCUUCAGCACGGAGGACAUGGUACACUGCAGCCAUCACAGCGUGGCCCUGAAACAGGGGAGUGGGGCAAACAAAACAGACCAACGUUCAGAGAGAGGUCCUACUGUGGGCAAGGGGUUAGAGCAAGCAUCUCUAGCUGGGGAAAGAUUAGGAGAUGGACCUCCUGUUGGAGAAAGAGUAGGAGAUGGACCUCCAGUUGGGGAAAGAGUAGGAGAUGGACCUCCAGUUGGGGAAAGAGUAGGAGAUGGACUUCCUGUUGGGGAAAGAGUAAGAGAUGGACCUCCUGUUGGGGAAAGAGUAGGAGAUGGACUUCCUGUUGGGGAAAGAGUAAGAGAUGGACCUCCUGUUGGGGAAAGAGUAGGAGAUGGACCUCCUGUUGGGGAAAGAGUAGGAGAUGGACCUCCUGUUGGGGAAAGAGUAGGAGAUGGACUC